UGAUGACUGCAAAAUUUCUGAUUUUUUUAGGGUUAAUUGUUAUUGUUGCUUGGUAAUUAGUGGUUAGAUGUACUUGUUAGUAAUUAUUUUGGGAAGAAGAAUGUUUAUUAGGAGGAUGCUUUUGGAAGAAUGAUAUUUGUAUUUAAGUUGGUUGUGAGAAUAGGAUUAGUGAAUCAGAAUGUAAUUAAACCACAACAACAGAUGAUUGGAAUCCAAAUUGUAAAUGGGUUGAUGAAAAAUGUGUAGACAUUGAUACUUAUAAUUGCGAUGACACAUGUGAAAAUUCAACAAUUUGUGAACUUGAUGACACUGGCGCAUGUGAAAUUAAAUAUGUAUUAGAUAGAAAACAUUGUACAGAUUUUUCAACUAAUAAUUGCAAUCAAUAAUUGAGUAAUUAUGAAUUUUGUGAGAAACAUGAUCAUGCAUGUUCAUCUGUUACAUUUGAAACUAAAUGUAAUGAGAUUCUAACAGAAAAAGCAUGUAAUGGUUUAGGAUGUUAUUGGGAUAAUAAAAAUACUAAAACUAAAUGUAAUUCAAAGGAGUGUCUCUAUUUUGAUCAACCAAAUUGUUCAUGGACUAUUAAUGGAGAAAGAAAAUUCACUUUUUGUAAUUGGAAUGAAACAAGAGCAUUUUGUUAGGAAACAAAUGAUACAACUGCAUUCACUAAUAUAUCUAGAUGUAGUUUGGAUUCCAAUUUUAUCUAUCAUUUUGAUAACAGCACAGGAAAUUAAGAAUGUUAAGCAUGUGUUGAUCCAGCCGAAUUAUAUUCUCAAUUAUUUCAGAUAAUUUCAAUAACAAUAAUAACUCUAUAUUGA